ACAGCCGAUCAUCAAGAGGGUAAGACGCGUCGAGUAGUUAUUAGGCAAAAUCAAUGAAAUGCAUUAUGAAAGAGUGAGGAGUCGACACAUUAUUAUCUUCAUUAUAAAGGUAUAGAGAGAUGCAUAAUUAGAAACCAAGGAAAAAAAACAAGAAGAAGAAGAAGAAGAAUGGCUUCUAAACCAGGAAUUCUCACUGAGUGGCCAUGGGCAUGGCUCGGAGACUACAAGUAUGUGGUAAUAGUACCAUGGGCAAUACACGCAACAUACUCAUACAUGUUCAAGGAUCCAAGCCACAGGGAUUUUGGGUAUGUCACCAUAUUCCCUUUCUUGCUAACAAGAAUGCUUCACAACCAGUUGUGGAUUUCCUACUCUCGCUAUCGAACGGCCAAGGGGAGCAACCGGAUAAUCGACAAGAACAUCGAGUUCGACCAGGUCGACAGGGAGAGAAAUUGGUACUGACUAAAUAUACCUCCGAGGGGGCUCGAGCCCACCCCAUUUGUACAAUGAUGAUUGUGGUGGUGUUUUGCAGGGAUGAUCAGAUCAUAUUCAAUGGGAUAUUGUUCUAUAUUGGAAACACAUACAUCAAAGAGUCACAUAAUCUGCCGUGGUGGAGGACGGACGGCGUGGUCUGGACAAUCCUCCUACACGCCGGUCCAGUGGAGUUCCUCUACUACUGGCUGCACCGGGCGUUGCACCACCACUUCUUGUAUUCGCGCUACCACUCCCACCACCACUCCUCCAUCGUCACCGAGCCCAUCACAUCCGUGAUCCAUCCAUUUGGGGAGCACGUAGCCUACUUCGCCCUCUUCUCGAUACCACUGCUCACAACCUUGUGGACGAGCACUGCUUCCGUGGUGUCGUUUGCAGGUUACAUCACCUACAUCGACUUCAUGAACAACAUGGGACACUGCAACUUCGAGCACAUACCCAAACGCCUCUUCUCCAUCUUCCCUCCCCUCAAGUACCUCGUCUACACACCUUCAUACCACUCCUUGCAUCACACUCAAUUUCGGACCAAUUAUUCACUCUUCAUGCCAUUCUAUGACUACGUCUACGGUACAAUGGACAAGUCCUCUGAUACGCUGUACGAAAGCUCACUAGUGAGGAAGGACGACAUACCCGAUCUGGUGCAUCUCACUCAUCUAACGACGCCAGAAUCCAUCUACCAUCUACGUCUAGGAUUUGCGAGCUUUGCAUCCGAGCCUCACAAAUCCAGGUGGUAUCUGUGGCUGAUGUGGCCGGUGACGAUAUGGUCUAUGAUGAUCACUUGGAUAUACGGCCGCACAUUCAUUGUCGAGAGGAACAUCUUCAAGAACCAUAAACUGCAAACAUGGGCUGUGCCCAAGUAUACAAUCCAAUACUGCAUGCACUGGCAGAAAGAAUGGAUCAACAACCUGAUUGAGGAUGCCAUACUCGAAGCUGAUGAGAAGGGCGUAAAGGUUCUUAGCCUCGGGUUAUUGAAUCAGGAAGAAGGGCUUAACAGAAACGGCGAUUUUUUCUUGAGAAAACACCCUCAGCUGAAAGUGAAAUUGAUAGAUGGGAGUAGCUUAGCCGUUGCCAUAGUUCUGAACAGCAUUCCAAAGGGUACAACUCAGGUGGUGCUCCGAGGCAAUCCAACCAAAGUUGCAUAUUCUGUCGCGCUCGCCUUAUGCGAAGGGGGAAUGCAGGUCUUCACAUUGAACGAGGAUGACUACAAGAGGAUCAAAGCUAAGCUCAACUCCGAGGCUGGAAAUAAUCUGUUUCUCUCCAAAAACAUCCCUUCCAAGAUAUGGUUGGUGGGAGAUGGACUAAGUGAAACAGAACAACUAAAAGCAUCGAAAGGAACCAUGUUCAUCCCGUUCUCGCAGUUUCCCCCAAAGAAAACGCGCAAAGACUGCUUGUAUAACACCACACCAGCAAUGAUGGCUCCAAAGCAUAUCGAGAAUCUUGACUCUUGUGAGAACUGGCUGCCAAGAAGAGUGAUGAGCGCAUGGCGUGUAGCAGGAAUCGUGCACGCUGCAGAGGAAUGGAACGUGCACGAGUGUGGAAACGUGGUGUUUGGUAUUGAGAAGAUAUGGAAGGCCAGUCUUGAGCAUGGAUUCCGCCCCCUCGUUGUGUGUGCUGAACCAAACCUCAACUAGGCUGCACUCUGAGAUAUCAAAGAAGAUAAGAAAAAGAGUUAGAUAUAUUGUAUAUAUUGGCUAUUGCUGCAGCCUGCAUUUUAUAGUUAUAGAAAUGCUCAAAAUGCCUACUAAAUUCAUACAUAUUUAUCCAUCCCAUAUCAAAGAAAACUUUAGAGUGUUUGCCUCUGCUUCAGUGAUAUAGUAUGUAUUUGAGAAUAAUCAGUAUUGCAUUUCAGUUCUUGCCAUUACUUAUCAAA